UUGGGCAUAUCUUUCAGAAAUCAUGUACACGGCAAUUACUUUCUUUCUUAUCGCUUUAGCUACAGUCCACGGUUUGCCGGCGUCGCAUAUCAUCGGUGGUGCGGACGCUCCGCUCGGCAAGUAUCCACAUCAUGUAGCCCUGAAAUAUCAAGGCAGAUUUCGUUGUGGAGGAUCGAUUAUUAACAAACGUUAUAUUCUCACUGCGGCUCAUUGUGUAAAUGAUAUCACCAAUGCCAAGCAAGUUAUGGUUCACGCGGGUACUAUUUACUUAAACGAGACGGGUGAUGCUUAUCAAGCGGAGAGCGUGACAUGGCAUCCUGGUUUCGACGAUUACAAACUUAAUCACGACGUCGGUCUCGUUCGAUUAAACCGGGACAUCGUAUACACUAACGUUGCAAAACCCAUUCCGCUUGCACAGAAUGACAUCGCUGUCGCAGAUCUCCCUUGCGCUGUAUCUGGUUGGGGCAGAACUUCAGUAAGUUCAGAAAGCGUCACAACACGUGAUUUAUAUCUUUAUUUCAACUACUUCAGAAACGUAUAUAAAUGCAUCUAUUCGCUCCCAUCUAUUCAGCCCCAGGCAACAAAUCUGCAAUUAAACAUGCGUGCGUUAGCUUGUCUUGUAUUUAUUGCUCUGGCAUUCGCCACUCAAGGAGCUCCAUCUCCUCGUAUCGUCGGCGGUAAAGAUGCUCCCAUUGGCAAGUUUCCGUAUCAAAUUUCAUUGAAAUAUGGCGGCUCACAUAGAUGCGGUGGAUCUAUCCUCGAUAAUUAUAACAUAUUAACCGCAGCACAUUGUGUCGCAGGAUUGGAAAAUCAAGUGAAUCUUCUAAAGGUUCAUGCCGGCACAAACUUCUUGAACGUAUCAGGCGCUGUAUAUGACGUAGCGAGUGUUAGUGUCAACAAAGACUACGAUGAUUAUUUGCUCAUUAAUGAUGUCGGUUUAAUCCACCUUAAAACUCCUAUCAAAUACAAUACGCUAGUGCAACCGAUAAAGCUUUCAACAAACGAUAGUAAUGUCGAAGGCAAGCCGUGCACGUUAUCCGGAUGGGGAACUACAAGGGUUGGUGGAAAUACACCGAAUAACUUGCAAGAAAUUGAGUUGGUAGUUUAUCCGCAGAAAGAAUGCGCGAGAGUACAACAAAGAGUAAAAAAUACCCAUAUCUGCACUUUGACUAAAUCAGGAGAAGGCGCGUGCCACGGUGAUUCUGGUGGACCUUUAGUAGCUAAUGGAGUUCAAAUUGGAAUCGUCUCCUUCGGUAAUCCCUGCGCUCUUGGAUAUCCAGAUGUUUACACAAGAGUAUCCAGUUUCGUAUCAUGGAUCAAUGCAAAUUUAAAAAAUUAGAAGAUGUAUAAUAUGUUUAUUAGAACGAAAUUAUAUCUUACAACAUUUAUAAUUUAAUUACUAAUGUGAUUUGAACAAAAUUAUUUCUGCAAAAUGUAAUUCCUGUAUUGCUUUUUUAUCAGUUAAAUAUACCAAUGCAAAUAACAAAAUAAUAA